AUGAUGUGGGACUCCAAUAAGCCAGCCAAUUCCAAAGACUGUAGCAUGGGCGCCGAGGCCUAUUGUUGCGCUGGCGAGAAGGAGUCGCAAGAGGACGAGCAACCAGAAAUCGAUUACCGCGAUGACACUACUGCGAAACAGUUUGACAGUCUUCUGCAAAGCUUUCUCGAGGACCCCGUGUGCCCGCCCGGAUUUGAGACCGAGUAUACAAUGAGAACUGGAGUUUAUUCACGAGACUUACUCCAACGUGAGAAGACGGACAAGGGAAUAGUUCUGGUUUCACUUGUUCGCCUCAUGGCAAUGUGGUACACGUCUCAGAAUCCAGACAAGAAGAUAACAGAGUUAUACCAGUUGCGUCUCGAACAGCAUGGGUACGCUGAAACAGCUGCCAAUGUGACCACUUAUCACGAUGUCAUGUUUCCAGGCUCUUUGUCUUCGAACGGAAUGCCCAGCUACGAUCCCGAAGCUAUGGCCGCAAGCUCGAUCUGCAAUCUUCGUCACUCAAGAGAGGCCCUGGACAACCUUUCUGUUGCCUCAGAAGCUCUAUGUCAGAUCCCAGGUAGUAGUGAGUCAGUAUCGUCGAAGCGAGACGUUCUCAAACCUCGCAUCUUCGACGCAUCUACCAUGGAAGAUCGGAGUCAAAAUCGUCAGCUACCAAGUGUUGCAGUUGCCUUACAAGGCAUUCUAGACCGAGAGCUAACAUUGCACUAUCUGAGAUGGCUUAGGACUCGUGAUGAAGAAGAAGUCAUUCUCGAGAUAGCUUUCUGGAUUGGGGACCAGAUCGGUGUGACUCCAUCCCAGGAGAUCCUCGACCGCUAUUCCGAUAGCGGUCAUACCAUAUAUCGUGACCGAUGGGUUGUCUUUCAUUUUCAUAUCCCAAUUGAUCGGCGCACCUUCUUGGGCCAGCAACCGGAAUUCCUCGUUGGUGUUUCUAGCUUCAACAUGUACCACUCUCAGACUGUCGUUGUUCCAUACGUGGUGGAUAGAGGGUCACAUCAGGACUAUCGAGCUGAGUUCAGUUUCGCCGCCUCGGUUAGGCCUCGCGACGGUCGGACCCCCCUCAACAGCCAAGGCGAGAAUGGCCGGUGGGGUAUGAGGGGAUACAACGAGCGUGUACAGCCUCUGAACUGCCGAGAUAUAGCGGCCGAGAGGUGGUACCCAGGCUUCAAUUAUCAGGCAGCAGGUACGAUCUCAAGGAUAACACAGGGGAACCGACCAGAUCAGUACUCUAUAUUGGUGGAUGAGUUUGGUCGCUUCCUUCUACAGGAGGGUGUUUUCAGCCGCAGGAACUUAGCGUAUCUCUGGCCUGCGGUGGGCGAUGAGGCGGCGAACCUCGAUCCUAUGGCCAAUCUCAACGACGGUCGUAGAUUGUAUAACCCUCAGCUAGGAGCCUUUGACUAUAACUUUUCGGGCCUAUCAGACUCUGUGGGCGAUCUAAGUCGUUUCGCUCCUAAUCCGUAUCGAAACCCGCCGUCAUAA